AUGUCUGGUCAUUCUUUACGGAAAUAUAUAUUGUUUAUAGUAUUCUCUACUGCAGCAAUAGUAUCUCCUAAAGAAUCAGAUAGAAGAGAAUUAAAUGCCCGGAAAGAAUGUAACUUGAAUGAACCAAUAGGAGUGAUAAAAAAGAUUUUGAAUUCAGAGAGAACUAACGUCAAAAACGAAAAUGGUAACUUAGAUGGUAAUGAAGAUAGACCAAAACAAGAUUAUCAAGAUCCAGUAAUAUCUAGAAAUCAGAAAGAAUGUUCUCCAGAGAGACCACUUGAUAAUCAUCCAAAAGGAAAAGGGUGGCAGUCGUAUACCAAUCAGCAUCAAGAACGAUCAACAGAAAUGUACAAAAAUGUAGGAGAUAACCAACAAUCAAACCAGUAUCAAGAAUUAAACCCACUUCAAAACCAAUAUCAAGGAAGAUCUCAAGGAAUGCAUGCCAAUCAAGGGUAUAACCAACAACCAGAGCAAGGAUUUAACCAAACCCCAAACCAAUAUCCAGGAAGACCUCAAGGAAUGCAUGCAGAUCAAGGAUUUACCCGACCACCGAACCAGUAUCCAGGAAGAAUUCAAGGAAUGUAUACCGAUCCAGGGUAUAACCAGCAACAACAUCAGUUUCAAGGAUAUAACCAACAACCAAACCAGUAUCAAGGAAGACCCAAAGGAAUGUGUGCCAAUCGUGGGUAUAACCAACAACCAAACCAGCAUCAAGGAUAUAAUCAACAACCAAACCAGCAUCAAGGAUAUAACCAACAACCAAAUCAGCAUCAAGGAUAUAACCCACAACGAAACCAGCAUCAAGGUUACAACCAACCCAAAAACCAGUUUGAUGGAUACAACCAACCACAUCAACCACAACUAUAUAGUCAGGAUUUAGAAGGACUGAUGCCACCACCAUUAUUACCGGCACAGCAUAUAAACCCGCCUCAACAGAGUGUCACUGUUUUCGUGCUACCGAUUCAUGUUCCCUCUGGAUCACCGUCAGGUCAAGGACUGCCACCUAAGCCUCUAAUGAUGUCACCAUACACUCCGACAAUUUCGCCUCAAGGAAAUUUGAAUAUAAUUGAACAUCAAGAUAGUCCACAGAGAGACCAACAAACUCCAGACAGAGAAAAACAACUUAAAAAGAAAAAAGGCAAAAAAGACAAAAAUAAACCAGGGGAGAAUAAAAAACAGAAUCCUCAAAGAUCAGAACAGACGAAACUAUCUGAAUUAUUAAUGUCUGAAGAAGAAACACAAAUUAAACACCAAGAAGAUAGAGAAAGGGGUAGAUGUCAUAAAAAAGGGAGAGGUGGACAUGGCUAUAAUGAAAAUAAACAUGAAAAAACGGAAGACGAGAAUGUUCUUGAGAAUCAAAAAAGGAGGGGUAAUGGUAGAGAUAUGGGUCGUGGAAAAGGUGGUAAACGUCAACUGGAGAGAACAGAUGAACAGGAAGAUGGAGAAAUAAAUGAUGUAGAUGACAUUGAUGUAUUUAAAUUCUUGAUCAAAUCUUUUGAUGGAGGAUGUACUUUCGAAGACUUUUUAAGGCGUUGUGAUCUUUUUCCUAAGGGCUCUAAUAUAUGUUCGUGGUUCAAAAAGCAUAGUAGAAGAUUUCAUAUUUUCUGGGACGAAAAUGAUAUUGUUUAUAUUUAACCAUUUUAUCAAGAGGCCAAAAUCUGCAUCCAAUGGAACGAUAAACAAAAUCCUGGUCAAUGUCAGAAUACUCAGUGUGAUUUUUUCCAUAUCUGUAGGCGUUUCAUUAGAGGUAAUUGUAAAGAAAGCAGUUGUCUAUUGUCGCAUAGUUUAAGAAAUCCACAUAAUCAGCAUAUAAAGAAUAAAUUUGGCUUCAGUGAUUAUAGUGAUGUUGAUAUCAGAGUUAUCCUGAAUUGUAAUUCUCUUUCAGUUUGUGCAGAUUAUGUUUACAACAAUGGUUGUAAGGUGGAAAAUGGAGAAAAAAGAUGCCCACACUUACAUUUAUGUGAGCAAAAAGUAUUUGGAACUUGCGAAGGCCAAUGCAAAUUCAAGAAAACUCACUCUCUCACUCAGUUUCACAACAAAUGGGUUUUGGGAGCAUGGAAUAUGAGUAGAUGGCCAGAGACACGAAUAUUCAAGUAUAUAAGUGUACCACCGAGACAAAGAAAAGAAAUUGCUGAUAAAUCUGACGGUACUGACCUCAAACAACACUCAGACGAUGCAGUAGAUACCAGUGUUCCAUGUUAUAGUAAUGUCAGUACCAGUAGUGAAGGUCUUUCAAGUAUUGCAUCAUGUGAUCCAAAAUUCAGAAAGCUGAUCACUUCUGGUGAAAAUCGUAGUAUAGAAGAUGUAAAUGAUAGGAGAAAGUUGAAACCUGUACGCAGUGAAAGAUUCAAAUCAUCAGAAGAUAGCAUUUGUGGAAUUGUAGGAAAAGACGACCAGUGUCUUCCUAGGGUAGUUUUACUACAACAAAAAUACAAUGCUGAUGAUAACAUCACAAAAGAUAGGAUAAUGAUAAAAAAGAACAAACAGGAAAAACAGGGAGCCACUUCUGGAAAAGUUGUAAAGCCAAAACCCCCACCAAAGCCUUCAAAACUGACUCCAUCUGAUCCAGAUUAUCAGGAAAGAAACCCUAAUUUGUUAAAGGAUGAAACAGAAAAUUUCAAAAUCUGCUUUUUUGUGUCCAAGGAAAAAUGUCCUUUCACAUCAUGUGAAAAUCUGCAUCUGCCCAGUGGUGUUCCUUACUUGUGGCAGAUAAAAAUAAUUGGCAAAUGGGUUUCUCUAACAUUAGUAGAGAACGAGAAAAUAGAGAAAGUUUACUGCUAUUUACU